CUUUCUCUCCUUUUUCUUCCUUCUUUCUCCACUGGUUUCGCUUAAUUCCCCCAUUUCCAUUUCAGCUCCAUUUUCCUCAACAGAUUUUCUUCAUGGAGGAUCCGAGUCUAAUAGUAACGGCCAUUAUAUUAGCCGUCUUGAGAUGGGCCUUAUCUUGGGUCCUCAGUUUCCGAAACAGAGGCAUUUUUCCUCCUUCAGAUUCCGAAGACAACAGUUCUGGUACUUGUUCUUCUUCCUCUUCGCCGGUUUCCUCACAGGCGAUUCGGGACAAUCUCGUACUGGCGACUUUCGAGGACGUCAAAGAGAGGCUGCCGUGGGUUUCCGACACCUGUGCUGUUUGCCUAGGGCGGCUGGCGGAGAGGGAUGAGGUGCGGGAGUUGAGGAACUGCUGCCACGUGUUCCAUCGAGAAUGCAUCGAUAGAUGGGUGCAUCAUGAUCAUGAUCAUCAUCAUGAGGAUAAUAAUCAUAAGACAUGCCCACUUUGCCGGGCCCCUUUGCUCACUUCUUCUCAGGCCUUGAGUUGGCCCAGGAACGAGCCCAGUUGGGCCGUCGAGCGGUUGCUUUACCUUUUCGGCGACGAUCUGCUUCCUUGAUUUUGGCCCUUUUGGGCUUGUUAAAUGGGGCCAUCGCUCGAUUUUCUAAUGUUGGGCUACUGCUUCGGCCUUUGCGCUUGUACAUCUAAAUAAAUAUAUAUAAAAUGUUUUUUUUUUU